AUGGAUAUGUUUGCGAAACAAUUUCCCUCUUCUAUGUUCCCUUUUCAGAACAUGGAAGGUAGCUCUGUUCAGAUACAAGCAGAGUAUGCCGACCGCGACCCAAACAACAACAGAAUUCAGACUGCUUCUCUCAAGAUCAACUUGCAAACCCUCAAAGUUUCUAAAGACUCCCCAGGAAACAAUAAUACGAAUGAUGAUGUUGACAUGUCAGGUCUCGAUCAUCCUGUCAGCGGAAUCAUAAACAAUUUGAACAAUCGCAACACGAAGCGCAAACAACACACAUCUAUCAACACUGGCCAGAUUCAUCAGCAAGCUGAAAUGGCGCGCAUGUUACAACCCACCAUUCGAGCACUUCAAUCAGCCACCGACAAAGCUAUCAAUAAAAGCAAAAAAAUCGCAAGCCAAGGUGAAGUCUUUAUAGGACCAAGAUUACCAAAUAAUCGGAAGACUUCGCGACGCCUUCCGGAAAGCGAUGCUUCCAGAGUGAGACGCGAGGAUUCUGCUGAGAAGAAACGCGAACGGAAGGAAACAAACAAGAGCGUUGUAAACGCGCCCAAUACAAAAUCAAAGAAAGAAAAGAACAAGAAUAAUGGUGGCGCUAACGCUAAAGCUAAGCCUUCGGAAGGUGCUGUCAAGAAGCGUAAGACCAGAAGGCCGAAGGAGGGAAAAAUCGACCACAUGGAAUAUCUGAUGGAACGUCGCAAGCUUGGGGACACAAAUGCGCUUGUCGUUGCCGAUAAAGCUGCCAGAUCAAAUGCGGACGAGAAAGUGGAUGUCUAUGGCCAUGGACUAAACCUUGCAGAUUGGGAGACGGCGUAUCAACAAGAAUACCAGGCGCGCACUGCAAGGCUCAGAGAGAGACAAACUAGGGAUGAACAAGCGUUGAUGUCGGCUUUAAACGGUCUCUCUCUUGAUGUAGCGAGAAUUGGUGGUGGAGAUUAUGACUUGAUUCUCUGA